CCUAGUACAACACCUGGACAAUUCACCAAUGUGAGUACCUAGGUAUAGUACCCAGGUUUAUUCAUGAGAGAUGGGGUGAGUUUCGAGUGGCAUUUUUAAUCACUCAUUUUCUUUGUGACCUCAUUCAAUCUUGCAACGGACUAUGGCUUCCGAGAAGGAGACGGAGACUCCUUCGCAGGUUUCCAAAGACGCGACUAAGCCAACCAAACUCCCGCCCAUACCAAAAGGAGCAAAAAUCCGAAGACGUCCCAUCCCCGCGCGACAACCUUCCACACGCGCAUCGAAGCGUAUCUACUUGACACCGAAAACACCCUUCCGAUCCGUAACUACGCGUGUGCGCAAACAACUCGAUAAGAAUAUACGUGAAGCAUCGUCCUCAAAUAAAGCAUUUACAAACAAGCUAGCUAGCAACAAGAACGCCUCUCUAGAUGAGAGGAUCCGCGCCAUCCAGCGAGGCUCUUCCUCGAAGGGCAAUACUAGUGGAAAUGGCAUAGGACUUGAAAAUGCGGGCGAGGUCGUAGUCCUGGGCACUGGGCGCGCGAUCCCGAAGGUACUUGAGGUUGCCAUGUUCUUCCAGAAACAGGCGGAUUGCAUAGUUCAGAUGAAGACGGGUAGUGUGGGCGCGGUGGACGAUGUUAUACAGGAAGGAGAGGAAGAGUGGGGUGGUGAAGGCGAAGAGAGAGUGAGGAUGAUGAGUUCUCUGGAGGCGUCAAUCAAGUUAAAAUGAUACCCGGCGAUUCGGCCAAGACACAGGACUCAUAAGGACACUUCGAUUUACUACCCGCGCUCCGCUAAUCUGGACCGAUGCUAUAGUGUCACGGCCGCACUUGUGUCAGGAUACCAAUAACGACACUUAAUAAGUAAUGCGAUCCUCAACUAUCACGCGAAAAUGUGCCGGCUAGUGGAAUUGCGUUCUACUUAUUAGCGGGGAUGCAGUAAGGUGUUAAAUACGAUCGCAGGAAUAUGGCAGCAUCGCAAUAGUACGGAAGGGUUCGUGACAACGAGAGCCGACGGGAAUAAGGGAGGCAAGCCAUAUCAACACUUAUCUCACCCGUUGUGGGACUCCGCAGGUGAUGCACAAGGCUCCCAAUAAUGUCUGCCUAGUUUUAUUCCUACUUGCCACGUAUAAGCUUAGGUUGGUGGGUAGGAAUAGCUUCUUACGCCGACUCAUCUAUUAUCGCCCUAUAUAAUCCUCAUCCGCAAAGAUGUUGUCAUCGUGCGAUGAUGAAGCUCUUAUUUGAGAAGCUUAAAGGGAGGAAAAUGAUCAAGCUCCCAUGCUAUAGGAAAAUCAGGUAAAUAAAUAAAAAUUGAAUAAAUAAGAAUCGCUUCCGCCCAACUGAAA